UUUGUUUAAGGAACGAUCGCAGGAUAAGUUGGCUCUGCUAAAUAGGAAGAUAUCCACAAUCGCAAACCUUUAGUUCCUUUACAAACUGUAUCCUGCAGCAGCUACGCAAAUGAUCAGCUGCAAUGUGGGAAAAGAAAAUUAUUGCAUUUAACUGUGAACAUAUCAGCUUGAAAAUAAGUUAGGAAUACAUUGUCAAACAAUGAUUUCAGCUGAUGCGUGGUCUUGAAAUAGGGUGGUUUAUUGUAUAGCUCUGGAGCCCUGUUACCUGAGAAGAAACUCUUGCUGCGUAGCGUCCCGGAGCAGAGGCGGCAGCUCCCUGCCAGCCGAUGGUGAACAUGUCCAAGGGCCUCCAGGAAGACUCGGACUGCGUGUGCUCCUACGGGAUGAAGCUAACCUGGGAUAUCAAUGACCCCAAACUGCCUCAGGAGCCCAAGCACUUUGAUGGCUUCCAGGAGUGGCCAGAUGGCUAUGUGCGAUUUAUCUACUCUGUCGAGGAAAAGAACGCACAGCGGCAUCUCAGCGGCUGGGCCAUGCGCAACACCAAUAAUCACAACUGCCAGAUCCUCAAGAAGUCCUGCCUUGGAGUGGUGGUUUGUGCCAGGAACUGUAUGCUGCCAGAUGGUACCAGGCUGCAACUCCGACCUGCUAUCUGUGACAAGGCACGCCAGAAGCAACAAAAGAAAGCCUGUCCAAACUGUAACUCAGCCCUAGAGAUAAUUCCUUGCCGGGGACACAGUGGCUACCCAGUCACUAACUUUUGGAGGCUUGAUGGCAAGGCAAUAUUUUUCCAGGCCAAAGGAGUCCAUGACCACCCUAGACCAGAGAGCAAAUCGGAGACAGAGGCAAGAAGAAGUGCCAUUAAGAAACAAGUGUCCUCUUCUCACCUUUCCCAGAAAAAGAGGCUUAUAGACUCGGAGACAAGAAGGUAUCAUGAUAGCAGUGGUCAUUUCAACAACAUUCAUCAUUUGUCAUGCAUGGAAGGCCCAGAAAAAUUCAGUAUCAUUACAGACACCAGCUUCCCAAUUCCAACUCAGCCUUACCCUGCAUUUCAAAAUACAGACCCUUACAAAGCUACUUAUGACUCAGCCAGCUUCCAAGGAGACAUGGCAUCACCAUUCCAAAAGCGUCCUAACCCAAGAAUCUUUUUACCUAGGCCGGGGGGCUAUGAAUUUGAAGUUCCUAGUUAUAUAAGUUCCAGCUCUUAUCCAACAUUUUACAAAGAUUUGGCAAAUACCCCAGUGGAUACAGACCCCCUUAAUUUGACUGGACUUCAGUAUAAUGGUAAUUCAUUGAAUGCCCACGAUAAACACUUUGAUAGUGGACAUCAUGGGCUGAAACAAAUCUUGGGGAAAACUGGUUACGGAGAUAGGAGUGACUAUGGACAGAUUCAAGCAAAUGCUAAUCCCUCUUACUACAGUGGGGAGUAUCCUUGCAGGUAUGGUAGCAAUCCCUCUCCAGCUGCCACAGCUUUACAAACUGUUAUCACUACAACUACUAAAGUAUCCUACCAGGCCUACAAGCCCUCUGUGAUGAAGUGCAGUGACAAUACAUGUGACAUAAAAAAUCCUCAGAACUGUACCCAUACAGCAGAAAACAUCUCAGGAACUGUUUAUCCAGGGAUAAAGAUUCAAGAAGACUAUGGUGUGGUCAAACCAGCUUUGCUUUACCAGCAUGAUCCAGUUCCCACAAAGUCAGAACAAGUGGAGACUGUGGAUACAUAUCAUUAUGGGCCAAACCCAGGAAACAGCUGCUCUGAGCAUGAAGGACAGUCAUUCAGAUUUGAGAGUGGUGAAUACUAAAUGCCAUGUGUUUUAAUACUAAUCAUGUGAAUACUAAACCCUGGUGAUUGGGAGUUAAGGUGAUCAGAUACCAAGUGUGAAAAUCAGGACGCUUUUUUUCAGGGUGUGGGGGGGUAUAGUUGCAUGUAUAUAAGACAAAGCCCCUAAUAUUGCGACAGUCCUGAUAACAUGGGGAC